AUGAAUGAUAGUAUUUCUGAAAUAAGGAAACAGGAGGAUGAGGCAACAAACAAAAUUACCAAUUCACAAUCUAGGCGAGUUUCUUUGCCUAUUAGUAUAACUUCUGUUCCUUCAUUGAAUAUAACUGAACCAAGUAUUUUAGCAGCUUUGAAGAAAAGAAGAGUUAAUGAUUCUCCUCUUGGUAGAGCUUUUGACGUGCAAACUAGAGCUCAAUUAGAUGCAGAGAUUGCUAGAAUGUUCUAUGCUGGGGGUCUACCUUUUAAUUUUGCUAGAAAUCCUUAUUAUGUGAGUUCUUAUUCUUUUGCUGCUAAUCAUGUUUUGGGUGGUUAUGUGCCGCCUGGUUAUAACAAAUUGAGAACCACAUUACUUCAGCAAGAAAAAGCAAAUGUAGAGAGGUUGCUUGAACCAAUUAAAAGCACUUGGUUAGAAAAGGGUGUUAGUAUUGUGAGUGAUGGAUGGAGUGAUCCCCAGAGGAGGCCUUUGAUUAAUUUUAUGGUUGUUUCUGAGUCUGGCCCCAUGUUUAUCAAAUCUGUAGAUUGUUCUGGUGAAGUGAAAGAUAAGCAAUUUAUUGCUAAUUUGCUAAAAGAAGUAAUUGAUGAGGUGGGUCAUCAAAAAGUGGUACAAGUCAUUACUGAUAAUGCUUCAAAUUGUAAAGGUGCUGGAGAAAUCAUUGAGGGAAUGUUUCCACAUAUUUAUUGGACUCCUUGUGUUGUGCACACUCUUAAUCUUGCUUUGAAGAAUAUAUGUGCAGCAAAAAAUUUGGAAACUAAUCAAGAAACUUAUGAUGUGUGUCACUGGAUCACUGAAAUCCAUGGGGAUGCUUUGCAAAUCAAGAAUUUUAUAAUGAAUCAUUCCAUGAGGCUUGCAAUUUAUAAUCGGUUUAGCCCUUUGAAAUUGCUUUCAGUUGCUGACACUCGUUUUGCUUCUAUUGUUGUGAUGCUUAAAAGAUUUAAACUUAUUAGGCGUGCUUUAGAAGCAAUGGUUAUGAGUGAUCAAUGGGCACAAUACCGAGAAGAUGACCAAGGCAAAGCUAGAUUUGUUCGUGAUAAAGUGGUAGAUGAGGAUUGGUGGGAAAAGGUGAAGCAAGUUAUUUUUUAUCAUGAAGGAAAGCAAGCAGAUGGGUUUUCUCCUUUUUAUUAUGUGGUUCAUCGAAUUCUUGUUGAUCGUUGGGCAAAGAGCAACACUCCCCUUCAUUGUUUAGCCCACUCAUUAAAUCCAAGAUUUUAUAGUGAACAAUGGCUUCAAGAGGGAGAAGGUAGAGUGCCUCCUCAUAUGGAUGGAGAAGUAUCAAUUGAGAGAAUUAAAUGCUUUAGGGGGAUUUUUUCUAAUGAAGAUGAGCGAAUUAGAGCAAAUGAUGAAUUUGCAAAUUUUUCUUUGAAAAGUGGACCUUUUGCUGAUCCUGAUUCUAUUGGAAGUAUGUAUGUUACAGAUCCUAGGAAAUGGUGGGCAUGUUUUGGUUCUAAUGCACCUUUACUUCAAAGAUUGGCUUUUAAAGUGCUUGGACAACCUACUUCCUCCUCUUGUUGUGAAAGAAAUUGGAGUAUUUAUUCCUUCAUUCAUUCAUACAGAAGGAAUAAAUUAACUCCAAAACGUGCAGAGGACUUGGUUUUUAUCCAUAAUAAUCUUCGUCUUCUGUCGAGAAACUCCUCCCAAUAUUAUCAUGAGAAGACAAAAUUAUGGGAUGUUGGUGGUGAUCAAUUUGGGAGUAUGGAAGAUGUGGGAGUUCUUGAAUUUGCCAACCUUUCAUUAGAUGAACCAGAGUUAGAGUCUGUUUUGUUUGAUGAAAAUACAACUACAAGCAUGGAGAAGGAGAAUGAGAAAGACAGUGAAGUUGAGGAAAUGUUAUAA